AUGCUUGAAGCCAUAGGCAGAAAUACGCGUAUGUUACUCGAUAUAAGUGGCCAGCUUAAACAAAUCAUCAGAGCUAUUGAGGCGAUACCACUCCAUCUGACUCUGGACAUCGUUCGGCUUGAUGAUGCCCACGGUGAAAGUUGGGCUCUUCCAUUUCAGGCUUGCAGGACCUGGGAUUCUUUUUGUGAUUUGCUUCGAUGUGUUGUAUACGCAAACGAGAGGCCUGGUUUAAAUCACAUUAUGCAUAACCUGUUCACCAUUACCCAUUCAAAAACCGGUUUACAAAUCAAUCCAGAUGUGUGGGAAAACGCGGUAAAAUCGGGCUGUCAUGUUGAGCAGGCCAUGCUCAUCAAAAGGGCUCAUCCUCAAGGGACUUGCAUGGAUCCAAAAUGCACCGGGAGACUCUUGAAACCAAAGUCGCGAUACGAUAUCCGUAAUUCUUGUACUACUUGUGGUCGAUGGGUUAUGGCGAGCCCUGAUAUACCUCCCUUGGUAAUCUUAUACCAAAAAUACUCUUCCACGACUGCCUCUGGCAACGAUUCAAAGUUUCCCAAUGCCAACAAAACAAAUUCAGGUCUGCAGCACCUGCCGAUCAAUGCCAAAAACCCAUCGGAGAGUUUUCGCAGAGUCAAAGUGGUUUACCCUACAGCGCCCAUUCUAGAUAUAGAAGAUGCUCACAAGCGAUUGCGUGACAACCCAAAGAACCCGGGGCAAAUGCAUUUAUAG